GGUACAUACGACCAUCGGCGAAAUCUAGCACUGGAUCCCGUUCGUUCUCCGCACGUUAAGUCUUCGACCGGCGGACUAGUAGUCAGGUGGGUGACCACUGGCGAAUCCCCGCUGUUGUAUGUUUUUUGCUUUAGUUUUUUGCUUUCUGACACGGGU